GGUGUAAUUGCCUUCUCUUUUCCUGGAGCGUGAGGACGAGUUGGGGGCCACAUUACGCAUGCGCCGUCUUCGAACCUGAUCGGAAGGUUUCAUGGAGAGCGGUCGCCGGCGUCAGCGCGAACGGGCCCUCGGCGCAUGCGCCCUCGCGUGCUUCGCGUCCACAGGCGGCAGAGGGGAAGAUGGCGGCGGUGGUACAGAAUGUGGUGAAGCUCCUUGGUGAACAAUAUUACAAGGAUGCAAUGGAGCAAUGUCACAAUUAUAACGCCCGGCUGUGUGCCGAAAGGAGUGUCCGAUUACCGUUCCUGGAUUCGCAGACUGGGGUGGCGCAGAGCAACUGCUACAUUUGGAUGGAGAAGCGGCACAGGGGACCAGGUUUGGCGUCUGGCCAGCUCUAUUCUUAUCCGGCUCGACGUUGGCGGAAAAAACGCCGUUCCCAUCCUCCAGAGGAUCCAAGACUUUCUUUCCCUACCAUUAAACCAGACACUGAGCAGGCCCUAAAGAAAGAAGGCUUAAUCUCUCAAGAUGGCAGCAGUUUGGAGGCCCUCUUAAGGACAGACCCCCUUGAGAAACGCAGCUUGCCUGACCCUCGUACCGAUGAAGACAGCCUCAGCGAGUUCCCCGUUGCCAAUAGCCGCACCCGGAAGCGGAUCCUGGAACCCGAUGACUUCCUGGAUGAUCUGGAUGAUGAAGAUUACGAGGAAGACACCCCAAAACGACGAGGCAAAGGAAAGGCCAAGGGUAAAGGAGUUGGGAGUGCUCGGAAAAAGCUGGAUGCUGCCAUUUUGGAAGACAGAGACAAACCUUACGCAUGUGACAAUAGUUACAAACAAAAGCAUACCUCGAAACCUCCUGACCGAGUCUGUGGGAAACGCUACAAGAACCGUCCGGGCCUGAGCUAUCACUACGCUCACUGUCACCUGGCGGAAGAAGAAGGGGAGGACAAGGAGGACUCUCAACCCCCCACGCCCGUCUCACAGAGAUCAGAGGAGCAGAAAACCAAGAAGGGUCCCGAUGGCUUGGCCCUGCCCAAUAAUUACUGCGACUUUUGUCUGGGAGACUCGAAGAUCAACAAGAAGACGGGGCAACCCGAAGAGCUGGUUUCGUGCUCGGACUGCGGGCGAUCAGGGCACCCAUCUUGCUUGCAGUUCACCCCAGUCAUGAUGGCUGCCGUGAAGACCUACCGCUGGCAGUGUAUCGAAUGCAAGUGCUGUAACAUCUGCGGCACCUCGGAGAACGAUGACCAGCUGCUGUUCUGUGACGAUUGUGACCGUGGUUAUCACAUGUACUGCCUCACCCCACCUAUGUCAGAACCCCCAGAAGGGAGCUGGAGCUGUCACCUCUGCCUGGAUUUGCUGAAGGAGAAAGCCUCAAUCUUCCAGAACCAGAACGCCUCCUGAUCACUUUCCAGUCUUCGAAGAGAACCUUCACUUCUCCAGUCUUUCUCUUGGGGGGGGGUUAAUCCAGUUCCUCCUGCCGCCUCCUCCUCCUCCUCCCACUUUGGGUCAGUGUCUCCCUUAUUGGUUGGAUCGCACAUCCGCACGCAGACACACACUCACACACAAAACACAUGCACACACCUCUGCCUCACCAUGUCUCCUUCUGUCAUUCCCCCCUGCCUCCUCUCUGGCAGUUGGGGCUUAAAAUUCCUCCCCUCCCCCUUAAACCUUAACCUAAGGAUUUUGAGACCCUUUUCUCAAUAAUAAUAUUUUAAUAAUAAUACUCCCAGCAUCCAUGAUAGGUUGAGGAGCACCACAGCUGGCCUGGGAGCAUGAAAUGCUCCUUCUUUUCUCACUCACACCCCAGCUUGAGGGCUCUGUCUGUACAAGCGAGACCGGAAGCAAAAAAAAAGAAAAGAAACCUAUUGAAUGGUUUUUACUUGAUUUUUUUCCAUCUGCUUCCUCUGUUCAGCCCCAUCGCACCACCCCCGUAACCCCAAAUCUUCUAAACUCCACUUGUUCCUUCGUCCCUGUAAGAAACCUUUAUUUUACACCCCAGCCCCAGCCCCCCCCUCCCCCAAGCAUGGUUCAAAAAUGGCACCACAGCAGCCAUUUGAGAGGAUUGUGGGUGGCAUGGGAACCCAAAUCAAAAGGCCAUCCUCCAGGCUUGGCACAAGCAAGCGCUUCAGCAAAGUAACUCGGUUUGCCCCAUUCAAAAUGAUCAUCUCGGACUUUGACAAAUCAGCAUCUUGAAUGAGUUAGGAAAAUCCUGCUCGGUUUACAUCCAGGGGAAGAGAGUGUGUAUCCCAUCACUUUCCCCUCUUCGUUUACCAAAUUCCUUAAGUAUGGGGCCUUGGGUACCAAUCCCACAUGGCGUCGAUCCAUGUGACGUGACGGUGGAUUUCAAGAUGCUUUCUUCCAUGCGCGUGUGUUGGUGUGCACGAGCAUUUAAAGCUCCAUCAAGCUUUUUAACACACCGGCGUUAAUCCCUUCCUUCGUUCAGGGAGUCCGCCGGGAUGUGUAAAUUGUGUGGAAGACUUCAAGGGCGGUGGUUCAUUGGGCAAUUUUUGGGUGGAUGCUGACUCUAAAGCAGGGGGUGUCCAACCUUGGCAAGUUUAAGACCUGUGGACUUCAACUCCCAGAAUUCCCCAGCCAAGAUAGCUGGAUUGACGUCCACAAGUCUUAGCUGGCUGGGGAAUUCUGGGAAUUGAAGUCCACAAGUCUUAAAAGUUGUCAAGGUUGGAUACCCCUGCCCUAAAGCUUUGGGCUUAUUCAAAUAAGCUGCUUUAAAAUCUAUUUUGAGUCUCCAUCACCAGAGGCCUAGAGUGAGCCACGUCCCUCCUGCAUGCUUUUUCUUCCAACUCUUGCUGCUUCCUGGUCCGAUGGGACUCCGGGGUGUUGAACUUCUCUUGCAGGAACAAACCCCCUUUUUUCUUUUCACUAUUUUCCCCUCUCCCCCUCGGGCCCCAAUUUGAGGAUUUGGUCUUGCUUGACAAGUGAUGCUUUUUAAAUUAAACAAAAACAAAAAAAUCCGAAUCCCCAUUCCUUUUCCUCCUUCCCUCCCCUCCAGUGGCAAGGUUUUCUGCAAGAUCCCGCUUGCAGAAGGAGAGGCCUUUUUUCUGGAAUAGGGUUUUUGUGUAAUAUUAUACUUGUAAUGUGCCUGAUUUUUCUAAAGAUUGUCUUUAAAACCUACCUCCAACAUUCCCUUUCACACGCAUCCUUCCGCGUCUUCUCCAAAGGCUCCUUCUCUUCUUCCAUCUUUGCCGAAAGCGAGGGGAGACUCGGGACUGCCAAAGCAGAUGGGAUCUGCUCUCUCUCUCUGUCGCGCUCACUGGGAUCUAGUCCGCACACAAGUGCUGGAAUUUGUUGAUGUGAGGUCGAACUUAAGGCCGGUGGCGUCUUCCUCCUUGAUUCUCCCUACCCUGCUUGGCAGGAGAGAUCAGCCUUCUUGACUCGGUGCCUCGCUUUGAUCGCCGUGCUAUCUAGGAUGAUGGGCAGUGGGGGCCCAGCAUGCUGAAGGACACCCAAUAGUGGGAAAGGACGAGAGAUAUGGGUCCUAGUGGGACAGAUUUGGCCCACAAGAGAGCCAGGAACAAAGUGACCGCUGGAAGCUUUGAUCCAGUCACCUUCACUGCCCGCUCAGUCCUUCAAGAGGACUUGAAACUUGAAGACUAAAAGGUGUUCCCUUAUGGGGAACUCUACUGUCUCUUGAGUUAUGUGUAGGGGAGAGAUAACUAUUAUUUGUGCACUUAACUUGGCUCUGGAUUCCCUUUUAGCUGUAGUUUUUUUUUUUUUUUUUUAAAUUCGUUUUAAUUCUUUUCUCUCUCCAUACCCCAGGGAGAUGCAGCUGGGGCUGGCUGUCAAGGCCCCCACCCCCCGUGCCCCAAACAAAGAGAGAAAGUUGUGGAAACGUUCCCUUGGGGUGGGGUGGGGUGAGGGGUUUACAUGUUCUCAUCCCCAAUCCAGGUUGUUAGGUCCUCAUUUGAAGCAUCACACCUGUGUCUUAAAAAAAAAAAUAGCUACCCAAAUAAAAAAAAAAAACCAAAACGGCUUCUUGGAACCAGUUUUAUGGUAGCCUGGCUCUUUGGCUUGGGGAGUUGUGGGGGGGGAUAGUGUGUGAAUCUGUUCAGUGCUGCAACAUUGUGGGGUUUUUCAUGCUCAGGUUAGUUCUGUCGGUUUGCAGGGGGUGGGAGGUAGGGCGGGCUGUAAUACCUCAUUUCUCUCUCUCUCUCUCUCUCUCUCUCUCAUUGUGACGCCCACAAAUAGUUGUGCAGCUUCGCACCUCCUCUGCACUGUGUCUUGUUUUCUCACCCCACCUCUACAACUACCCAUUUUCUGUUGAGUUGGUUGCUUGGUUUUUCUCCUUCCUUUCCGAGUAAUUGAUUUGUGCACCCUUCUGAUUGCAUCUAAGGUUUGGAAUUUGGGCUUUCUUUAAAAAAAAAAAAAAGCAAAUAUUGAGACUUUCCAUACCUUCCCCACCCCCCACCCCCAUCUUUUAUUAUUGCAGUAGAAGCUGAAAUAUAUUUUGGCUCCCUCCCCCAGUUUUAUUUUAAGGCUGUAAUAAGCAUUAGCUAAUAAAUACUGCUUUUAUUUA